AUGAAGCUCGCUUCCCUAGAGCUUCCAUGUUCUGUCGCUGAUGAGGACCUCUUCGGCCCAGUAGUCGACGCGUCUUGUCGCAAUGGUUUCGACUUCACCUUGUUGUUCGAGAAAUUAGUUCUAACUCUAAUUCCAAUGUCCUUUUUCCUCUUGGCAGCCUCUAUUCGGAUUUGGGUUCUUCGUCGCGCCUCGGAGAAGGUCAAUCGAUCAUGGCUGUAUGCAGCGAAGGAGAUUUCUAUGCUACUAUAUGUAGCUCUUCAACUCAGCUUGUUGAUUAUUUGGGCCCAAUCACCUACGCCCAAGACGAGAGCUACCGUACCAACAGCUCUGGUCACACUUUUCACUUCCUUCUUGGCCAUCUAUUUGUCACACUUGGAGCAUCUACGGUCCCUGCGCCCGUCAACAGUUCUCUGUCUCUUUUUAGGGACAAGUUCGCUUCUUGACCUUGCGCGUAUGCGAACGCUCUCCUUCAUGCCACAUAAUCGCCCAGUGACGAUUCUGUUCGCCGUGGGAUGGCUCGGCAAGGUUAUAGUUCUUGUUCUUGAGUCAAUAGAGAAGAGACCGUUGUUAAAAAAGCCGUUUGAGGAAAGCUCUUUCGAGACCACGAGCGGUGUCUUCAGUCGCAGCUUGUUCUGGUGGCUGAAUGGCCUGUUGUGGAAGGGGUCAAGGACAGCCCUCACCGUGGAGACCUUGCCCGACCUGGAUGAAGACAUUAAGCAGGCAUCAAACCCUCAAGGCCUGUUUCAAGAUUGGGAGAGGGCUGACAAGUACCGAUCAAAUGCUUUGUUGUGGACCUUCGCGUCUCAUUACAAAUGGGCCUCUAUGGCAGGUAUACUACCUCGACUUGGCUAUACUGUCUUCACGUUUGCGCAGCCUUUUCUUGUUGAGCGGGUAUUAGACUUUAUGACUGAGCCUGAGCACGUUAAUUCAGACAAGUAUGCUCGCGGUCUCAUCGCAGCGUAUGCAAUCGUGUACGUUGGCAUUGCGAUCUCAUACGCUGUCUAUACACACAAAGUAUUUCGACUCAUUACCAUGGUCAGGGGAAGUUUAGUCACCAUGAUCUUCGACAAGACGCUUCGGUUGAGUACCUCGGCCAUUUCGGAUGCAACAGCCGUAACUUUGAUGAGCACCGACAUUGAGCGCAUUGGAGAUGGUCUGCUUGACAUUCACGAGGUUUAUGGAAACUUCAUCGAGGUUGUGAUUGCCCUCGGGCUGCUUGCCCGUCUGUUGAAUGUCGCAACGAUCGCGGCAACGGUCGUGAUCGUCUUGUGUUUGAUUGCUGGGAUUCCACUUGCACUUGCUUCCGCUAAUGCGCAGGGCACGUGGCUUGAAGCUGUCGAGGAAGGCGUUGCUGUGACCUCCAGAGCUCUUGGCGUGAUGAAGAGUAUCAAGAUGACAGGACUGACAGAGACAAUUGCCAGCAACAUUCGAGAUCUGCGGUCGCAAGAAAUCCAAGCAUCAUUUUUGUUUCGAUUGUAUGGCGUGAUCAUUACAACUGUUUGUGAGUUCGAGGUUUCCAACCUUUCGUGGCCUUUCUGA